UAAUCGGGUGUUUUUAUUUUAUAAUAUUUCUCAUUACUAGUUAGAGAAUACCGUGAAUGCACUUACGAAUAGAGCUAUUCUAUGUUUCAUAUUUCGCGCUUUUCGAUGCCAGAUAGCGCUGCUGGCGUUGUCCGAAAGCGUUAGUCAAGUGUAUUGUACAAUGAAAAGGGAUUACAUCGCAUUAUGUCCGUCAGGCUAUAGUUUUUACACGGUUAUAUUUGGUGAAGUCGUGCGUGACGAGUUAUGCAACAUUCGGUGUAAAAGCGCCCCAUAAUAGGACGACCAGAUAUUGUGACACCUGACCUACUUAGACAGUAUCGUCGUAUUUAAGACAGUGGAUCGAUCGAAAUACAGUCGAAUGACAGAUAAAACGUAGAGAAUUUUCUUCCAGCGUCCGUACAAUGCAUUCCGCUUUAAUCUUACGAAUGUGACAUACACGAUAUUGUAACAUACUGUCCGUACAAUUGUCAAGAGGUUAACAUUACGUCGGAACGAACAGAACGCCCGUGAAAUCAGUAUUUAUAGAUGUAGGACAGCAAUGGCAUCGACUGAAAGGCGAUCAUCGAAAAAAGUGAUUCCGGUACGCGGUAUCGAUACGGCAGAUAAGCCGCGGUUCAUUACGCACAGGUUACGGUCCUGGAACUCGUGCUGUCAGAGCGCAACGGUGCGCCGGACGCUCGCUUGACUAAGGGAGUGCCCGUCCCGAUGCAAAGUGUAAGUGAAGUGGCCUACAGACCUACAUUUGUCUAACGUUCGAUUUUUUUCGAGCCGCUGGACAGGAGGUUAAUAAUCCGCGCGGGGCUCAUUUUUCCGCGGGCGUGUGUGAUGUCGCUGUUGUGUGAUAUACCGAUGUUUGGUUGAAAGAGACGGUGUAGUUUCGGUACGCUCAGACGGCGCUGGCCGGCGCGGGGAGCGUAGUAGUAAAAAGAGAGGAGGAUAGUAAGAGCGUGCGCACACGAGGAGGACGAGAUAGAGAGAGAGAAAGAGUGAGAGAGCGAGACGGAGAGGGAAAACCGUGCGAUAGAGGGAGAGAGAAGGAAGGAACCAGACCGAGCGCGCGCUUCUCUCGAAAGGAAGCGGGACAGACAGAUAGAUAGACGGGGGGCGAGAAAGAGAGCGAGGGCACGUAAGAGAGUGUAGGUGUUUCUCGAGAGAAGUGCGUGCGCUCGGGGACGACGUGCUGGAGGAGGGACCCCCGUCUGUCUGUCUGCUGGAAUGCACGAGGGCCGAAUGGCUACGGGGACAGGGGAAGGUGGGGGCCACACGGCCCUCGAGAACACCACCACGACGGCCCUUACGGAAUCAUCGUCGUCUUCCUCCUCCUCGGUACCGACCAUCCUGACUGAAAACACCACCGCGGCUAAUCUGCCUCUGACGGGAUCUCAACAGCAGAGCCUUCAUCAGGUACAGCAGCAACAGCAACAGGCGCAGCAGCAAUCGCACUCACAACCACGGGUUAGCUUGAUCACUGAUCUGCCAGCGAACGAUGCAUCAGGGGCCGGGGGCGGCAACGGUACCAAUGGCGGCACCAACGGCGCGGCUAACGGCGCUGGAGGCGGCUGCGGCACGUCGACGGCCCUCGAGACCGGCGGCAGCGGUUACAACGGCGGUACCACCGGCGCUGGGGGCGGUGGCGCGAGUGGAGGUGGCGCGGGAGGCGGUGGUGCUGGUGCCGCUGGCGGCAGUGGGCCCACCGCGGGAAACGCCGCUGCUGGCGGCGGCGGUAACGGUAGCGGCACCGGGGGCGGCGGCAGCGGAUCCGCUACGGUAAGCGGCAAUGUCGCGAUUCCAACUACCACCUACUCUUUACCAUCUGGUACCCUUUGUCAUCCUGGAUUGGGCCAGGUCGGUGUUGGUGUCGUGACCGGAUCUAUACCGUGCCCGUCCGAUUUCCCCGACACCAAGGACAUCAUCAUCGAGGAGCUCUGUCCUGUCUGCGGCGACAAGGUCUCCGGAUACCACUACGGGCUACUCACCUGCGAAUCCUGCAAGGGUUUUUUCAAACGCACCGUCCAAAACAAGAAGGUCUACACGUGCGUCGCCGAGAGGUCCUGUCAUAUCGACAAAACGCAACGGAAGCGGUGUCCCUUCUGCCGUUUUCAGAAGUGCCUCGAAGUCGGCAUGAAGCUUGAGGCCGUGCGAGCGGACCGGAUGAGAGGCGGUAGGAACAAAUUCGGACCCAUGUACAAGAGAGACCGAGCGCGGAAACUGCAAAUGAUGAGACAACGGCAGCUGGCACUGCAAACGAUACGCGGCAGCCUCGGUGAUCCAUCGAACUAUCCCUCCGCCGUAACGCCUUUCCUGCAUAUUAAACAGGAGAUCCAAAUACCUCAGGUCUCGAGUCUAACGUCUUCUCCAGAUUCGAGUCCAUCCCCCGCAGCCGUGGCCGCUGGUCUGGUCACGACACAGGCUGGCAGCGGAGCUGGUCAGCAUCAACUGAUCGCACCGUCCUACCAGCCAAACAUUUCUGGCGGUAAUCACCUGCACAACCUCAACCCUGGCCUGGAUAGCAAGCUGUGGGCUGCCAAUUCCACCACCCCCAGUCCUAAGGCCUUCAACUUCGGCGAACAGUCCACGCAACCUCAGGGAGCCGCUGGUUCCGCGCCCUCUACCGCCGCCUUGAAAACUAGUCCGAUGAUAAGAGACUUCGUGCAAUCGGUCGACGACCGCGAGUGGCAGGCGUCCCUUUUUGGACUGUUGCAAAACCAAACGUACAAUCAGUGUGAAGUGGACUUGUUCGAAUUAAUGUGCAAAGUGCUUGAUCAAAAUCUGUUCUCGCAGGUGGAUUGGGCAAGGAAUUCUGUAUUCUUCAAAGAUCUCAAGGUUGACGACCAAAUGAAGUUGCUACAGCACUCUUGGUCGGAUAUGUUGGUGCUCGACCAUCUUCAUCAAAGGUUACAUAAUAAUCUACCCGAUGAGACUACGCUUCAUAAUGGCCAAAAGUUUGAUCUCCUUUGUCUCGGCCUACUUGGAGUUCCUUCCCUGGCAGAAAUUUUCAAUGAAUUGUCGUCGAAACUUCAGGAACUCAAAUUCGACCUCUCGGACUACAUAUGCAUGAAAUUCCUGAUGCUGCUCAAUCAUGAUGUUCGUGGACUAGUUAACAAGAAACAUGUACAAGAAGGUCACGAGCAAGUCUUACAAGCCCUUUUGGAUUACACGUUGACAUGUUAUCCAUCUGUAACGGAUAAAUUCAACAAGCUGCUAGCAGUAUUACCAGAAAUCCAUGCGGUAGCGAACAGGGGAGAAGAUCACCUUUAUCAGAAGCACUGUAGCGGCGGAGCACCAACUCAAACUCUUCUCAUGGAAAUGCUCCAUGCUAAGAGAAAAUGAAACGAUAAAUUCGUUUGGCGUGUUUGCCAUGAGUUAGUCUGUUGCUAUAUCUCAAAAAUCACGAUAGAGCCCCUUACUGUCAAAGUGGACCUCAAGUACCUACUAAGAGCUAACGCUGCUUAGGUAUUGGACCAAGUUUAGGGGCCCUGGUUCAAAGAAUACCUAUGCAAACAAAUCAAGUAUAGACGUACAUACUUUACAUAUAUACAUAAUAUAUGUAUUAUAACGUGUAUCUAAAUAUAUAAACAUAAUGACAUAUAUUUUCUAUAUUUGAUGUUGAAGUUUUAGAGAUGUAUCCAUGGAGAAAUUACUACCCCUGUUGGUGGGUACAAGCGCAGGGAAACAGUAAGCAAGAUGCCUUGAAAACAGUACAAAGGGUGGUUAACAAAAUAUUGGUCAAAGGGCAGGCAACUUUUGUCUAAAUAAGUAAAGCUAUUUUUCUAAUACUAGAAGCGAUUAUUUUUAAGCAUACCACUGAAGCCUUGCUCUCAUUUUGAACAAAAGAAAAAAAAAAAAAUAAAUAUCCUAAUAGUAACGAAACGAAAAAUAAUUGCCGACUCUCCAGUCAACUCGUGCUUCUUGCAAGGGAUUCAAUGGGCAUACUUGAACGACAGUAAAAAUUUCAUGUGAUAUACUUAUAUAUACAUAUAUGUCGCACGGCCACCUGGGCAUCCUUAGAACUUCCUAUAAAAAAUCUGCAUUUUGUCACACUUGCACACAGCAGGGCUACUAUAUUGUAAAUACUAGUUAACACAUUCCAAUUACGUUGUAAAGUAUGAAUCAUGUUAAAUAUGUAAUUAUAAUAUUUUGUGUAUAGUUUAAUAAAAUAAAUAUAUUUCUGUUGCUUACUGAGAAAAAAAUCAUUAGCUACUUAAUGUCUUCACUAAUUUUAGAAUUCUUAUUCAUGUAUUUUUCUCUUUAUUACUUUUUUUUUCAAAUAGGUGGCGGAAAAAAAAAAUAACCACAAAAUGCGAUAUUUUAUUACUGUAUAUUGUAUCAUAAUAAAGAUUCUGUUUAAGAAAUAAAAGAAUCAUUGGAGCAAGGUUUAUGUGGUCCUACAUUAUCUAGCAAUUAUUACUAAGUAUAUAAGAUCAAUAUUGUCUUAUCGCAGUUGUUAAAUAGAUAAAUAUUUACUGAAUGUUAAGAUAGCGAUCGAAUGUAGUAAUUUUUCACUAAUAGAUUAUUAUUGUUUAGUCAAUAGUCAGAAACUUUUCAGUGCUGUGAAGGUUGUCUUUUCGACGCCUGUGGUAUCUAAGCCAUCGGUAAUUACACGUGCUAGAUUCGAGGCUCAAGUGUGGUAACAAGAACAGAAAUCUUUGCUCGUACUGGUAGGCUGGUAGUACCACCCUUUGCAACUCCUACUGUUUAUAUCCUCUAUCAAAGAAGUACCUGGAAAAAAUGCUAUUUUACUACUUUCACUUUUCCACUGACUUCGUAAUAAGAUUAAAUAUAGAUGUAAACAAUUUGUUGAUGUAUGUAAAAAAGUAAAAAAAAAGUAAAAAAAAAAGUAAAAAAAAAAUGAAAACUCGAUGCCACAUUAGGUUAAGAAUCGAGUGUUGAAUCAAACCAGUUGGAGUAGCUGCGAGUAUUACUACCACGGGAUAAUAUAUAUACGUAUAUAUUUUCGAAAGCAUGCAUGUACUUAUCGUGUGAGUAAAGAUUUGUGUCCACGGUAAAAUUUUUGAAAAUCUUCGAUAUAGAUGCAAAAAAAAUUGUAUUCAACGUGUUCCCAAAUUUUCAAAUCGCCUGGUUCUUUUUAAUCGAUCGAUCGGAGACAGUUUGCAUUGCCAUUGGCCAUUUUUCGUUCUCUCAAACACUUUCAAAACGGAUUUACUUUUAUUUAACUCGCAUAUGAAUGUCUACCUCUUUGUAACUGUAUUAAGUCUUACAUUUUUACAUUUUUAGUAAACCACAUACCUCAGAAUAGACACCCAGAUAGCAAAUUAAAUGGAAUGUAUGAAUGUUACCUAUGUAGACUUGAAGUCUACGACUUCUGUAAUAUGCGUAACGACAGAAUGUAAAGUUCCAUUCAAGUAUUGAACCCUGUUAUAUUUCCAUGUUACUAUCUUAGUUAUUACUAUGUUUAUUCCAAAUUAGAUUAUACGUGUACUUGAUAUGUAUAAUAUAUCUGAAUCGAAAUUUAAUAAUUACCAACGAAGCUUUGAAACUACACUUAAUCCCAUGUUGCUGUUUGGGUAAAAACCAGUUGAAACCGUAAUACAUUAUUUAUUGUAAUUUCAUUUUAUCCUCGAGACUUUUUGUGGAACGUGUCGGUCUGAUAAUUUUGGAACAACUUAUAAAAAUCGCAAAACACAAGUAAUUCAAAAAACGAAAAUUGUCUCUUUUUAAAUAUAUCCCUAAAUCAAUGAUCUUUGUAUGUGUCCAUCCUAUUUAAUCGUCCGCUCGAUUCUGUUACAACAUGUUUAUUGAUAAUUGUAACUAGAAAGUACGAUAAUACUGGUGUAAUAAGCAUUGUGUUAAAUAUGUACAGUUACCAAUUAUAAUUGGCAAAUAAUCUAAUUUAAUAUCGAUGUGAUUUUUUGCUCCAAUAAAUAAUUGGAAUUAACAUUAAAAAGAAGAACUAUUAUGCGUUGUUAACACUGCCAUUAGGAGUUGGCAAUUGUAAAUUAUGUAGAAAAAAAAUAAUUGAUUGUAAAUAUAUCUUUAUUAUUAACUAAUAACUGUUCCUUUUUAGGAUUUACAGUGCUAUUUUUUAUAUAUUAUACUGAUUGAACUCCUUUUAAACAAUAAUAUUUCCCUUAUUGCACUCCCGUCUUUGGUAUUAUUGUAAAAUAUGUACAAUGUCCAUAAGACGUACGAUAGAUUUCGAAAGGAGGGUACAGGAUGGUACUAUGUAAAUAACUAAGCAGACAAUUUUCCGAAAUUUACAAAUAGUAUUUCAAAACAUUCAAUCGUUUCUUUAUAUACACAAGUUAUUAUAAUUUAAAUGCGUUUAUGUACAACACAAAGUUUACUAUAAUUUGUAACAACAAUGGUAUCAUUCGUAUACCGAAUAACAUGUAUAUUAAAACAUUUGUUUGCUUUGUACAAAUAUGAUAACAAGAUAAGAAAAUGCACAGUGGUUAAUAAAGACAUCAGUUAACUACUGCACUCAGCUUCAUAUUCUUGAUUCACAAUGAUCGCGCGUUACACCUCAUAUAUUAAAUUAAGCACAUUUUCUAAUCUCUCGCAACAAAAUUGUGCAUACACAAUUUGCAUAAAAAAACACUUUUUGUACGUGCAAUAAUAUACUUACUAUACAGGGUGCUCGAUCAACCCUGGGAAAAAUUUUAAUGGGGUAUUCUAGAGGCCAAAAUACCACGAAAAUCAAGAAUACCAAUUUGUUGAUGAAAGCUUUGUU